AAAAUCACCAAGAAUAUGUCUGAGGUUGAGCAAGAUCUAGAUCCAGAUAGUACUACAGGUACAGAAUUUGUUAUAGAUUCUGAAGAAGAACUUAUUAAAGAAUGUGAAGAACUCUGGAAAGAUAUGGAAAAUUGUCCGAAUAAAUGGUUGCUUAUUGGAACUGAGACACUCACCAAUUCAAAUGCACAGCUAUCAUUACUGAUGAUGCAAGCGAAAUGCUUGACUGCUGAAUUCAAGCAAUGGCAGAAUGAAACACCUGAAGUAAUUCCUCUGACUGAUGAUGUUCUAACUACAUUAGAGAAGGAAGAGUUACAAAAAUUGAAAAAUGAUCUUGAAAUUAUACUACUCACUAUUCAGUCCAAGAAUAAAAAGUUAAAGGAAGACUUUGCAAGAGAGCAGCAGUGGUUGGAUGAACAGCAACAAAUAAUAGACACUCUUACUACAACCCAAAGUGAACUGGAGAGUCAUAUUGAGGUGCAUUGUAAAUCGAGACUUGAAAUGACUAAUGAGAUGAAAGCUGAAAUACUCAUUAUAAAAGAAUUUAAGGAGAAACUCUUGAUUGCCCUGGGUGAAUUUCUUGAAUACUGUUUUCCUCUGCCUGGUGGAAAAACUAAAAGGAGAAAGACAAACGUUGAACCAACUGCACAGCUGAUAACAUUGAAUGAGAUAAUUGAGAUCCUUAUAAAUAGAAUAUUUGAUGUUCCACAUGAUCCCUAUGUCCAAAUUAAUGCUUCCUUUUGGCCACCUUAUAUUGAGCUGCUGCUGUGCAAUGGAAUUGCCUUGAGACAUCCUGAAGAUCCAAACCGAAUAAAAUUAGAAGCCUUUCAUCAGUAAAAGGAUGGUCUCUUUUCAUACUGUAAGGAAUCUUGUUAUCAAAGGAUAAAGGAAACAUAGUACUGUUUGAAUAAGUCAA